AUGCUCCUACACCCAUCAGAUUGGUCACCCAGAAAGCCUCGUUAUAACAAACGCCAAUGCAAUCUGGGUAACCUAAGGUCUCUAAAGCAAACAUCAACUGCAAAGACCUCCUUCUCUGUUGGCUUGUGGAACUGUCGAUCUGCGGUUAACAAGGCAGACUUCAUUUCUGGUCAUGCCAACCACCUCUCCUUGGAGCUCCUUGCUCUCACUGAGACAUGGAUUAAACCAGAAGAUAGUGCAACCCCGGCUGCACUUUCCAUAAACUACACAUUCUCCCACACAUCCCGACCAUCCGGUCGUGGUGGAGGGACUGGCCUGCUAAUCUCCAACAAAUGGAAAUUUAACCCACUGCUGCCUCUAAACAACUUUGUCUCCUUUGAAUAUCAUGCCGUCUUGGUGACUGCUCCGGUGAAAGCCUAUGUGGUCGUCAUCUAUCGUCCACCAGGACAACUAGGCGACUUCCUCCAUGAGCUUGACACCAUGCUGUCAUCAAUUCCUGAGCAUGAGUGUCCCAUGCUCGUCCUCGGAGACAUGAACAUCCACUUGGACAGUGCGAGCUCGGUCGACUUCCUGUCUCUGGUUCACUCAUUCGACCUAAGACAGGUCCCGACUCACAAGGCUGGCAAAGAGCUUGAUCUCAUUCUUGCUCGGAGCUGCACCAUGGACAACCUAAGGGUCACCCCUUUCCAUCUAUCAGACCACAUCUUCAUCCACUUCAAUGUCCAGCUACCAGAACAACCCCCUACCUCCCCACCCAUGGUUUCCAUCGACCGCAAUCUCUGCAACCUGUCUCCCACCCACUUCUACUCUGUGCUCUUGUCUUCUCUUUCGCCACACGACACGUUCUCCUCUCUGCAGGUUAAUGAUGCCACUGAUUCUCUCUGCUCUACCCUGAGCUCAUGUCUGGAUAGCCUGUGUCCACUAUCCACCAGACCUGCUCGAUUGACCCAAUCGCACCCUUGGCUGAGUGACACCCUCCGGACAACGCGCACUGACCUCAGAGCAGCCGAGAGGAAAUGGCACAAACCCAAAACAACUGAAGAUCUUGCAAGCUACCAGACACUGCUGUCCUCCUUCUCCUCCAGUAUCAGCUGGGACCCCUCUUCUUUGCCAUAUACACCACCUCGCUGGGCUCGAUCAUCCGCUCGCAUGGCUGCUAGGAAUCUAGGUGUCAUUAUUAAUGACCAACUGACGUUCUCGGACCAUGUUUCCGCCGUCUCCCGGUCGUGCCACUUCGCCCUAUUCAACAUCCGAAAAGUCAGGCCGUACCUGACCCAAUAUGCCACUCAACUGCUGCCACUGCAGAUGAUACAGAAUGGGACGGUGCGACUGGUGUUCAACCAGCCAAAGAGGGCACACGUCACUCAGCUGCUUAUCGAGCUCCACUGGUUACCUGUAGCUGCUCGUAUCAAGUUCAAGUCUCUUAUGCUUGCCUACAGAGUGAUUGUUGGGAAUGCUCCCACCUACUUAAAUGCUCUUCGUGACCAGGAUUAUGCUUUUAACCCAGUCCAAGAUGGCUGCCUCCAGCUGCCAGCUCACUCUCUUUUCUCUCCUGCUCCAUACGCUGUGCCUGAAUGGCACAAGAGUGCAAGAGAUAAGGGUUUGAAAGGCAUGUUCUCUAACCUGCUGUUUGUCAAAGUGGAGAUCAAAGGGGAUGCCACAGAGUGA